AGUAACUAACAGGCGGAGAAGGAGGCGUGUGACACUCGGCGGACUUCGCCUUCAGCUAACCGAAAAUAACCCCAGUGUGUGUUGGUGGUCCGUAAAACAGCAGCCGUGCCCCGCCGCGCCCCCACCCCCAGCGGAGCCGUCAUGUGGCAAGAGGCCCGCAAACACGAGCGCAAGCUUCGUGGCAUGAUGGUAGAUUACAAACGCCGAGGAGAGCGACGGCGGGAGUACUACGAGAAGAUCAAAAAAGAUCCGGCUCAGUUUCUCCAAGUUCAUGGCCGAGCCUACAAGAUCCAUCUGGAUCCUGCUGUGGCGCUGGCUGCAGAGAGCCCCAUCAACAUGAUGCCAUGGCAGGGAGAUGCCAACAACAUGAUUGACAGGUUUGAUGUAAGAGCUCACCUGGACUACAUCCCCACCUACACACCUCCACUGCUCAGCACAUCAACACCAGAGCAGGAGAUGGAGGAGAGGAAGUGCAAUUACGAGCGCUACAGAGGCCUUGUGCAGAACGACUUUGCUAGCAUCUCUGAGGAGCAGUGUUUAUACCAGAUCUAUGUGGAUGAGCUCUACGGUGGCCUGCAGAAACCAAAUGAGGACGAGAAGAAAAAACUGGCUGAAAAGAAGGCUACUAUUGGUUACACCUAUGAAGACAGCACGGUGACGGAGCCUGACCCCGAGUCAGAGAAAGAUGAAGACGACUCAGAGAACAGUGAAUCAGAAGAGGAUGAGGGCAUCCCAGAUAUUGAUGUGGAGGUGGAUGUGGACGAGCUGAACCAGGAACAGGUGUUGGACCUCAACAAAAUGGCGACCCCAUACGGAAUGGCUGAAGGCGACUUUGUUAGGAUGUUGAGGAAAGACAAGGAGGAAGUGGAGGCCAUCAAACACGCCAAGGCUCUGGAGGCGGAGAAGGCCAUGUACUCUGGUCGUCGUUCUCGCAGACAACGGAGAGAGUUCAGAGAGAAGAGACUAAAAGGUCGACAGAUCAGCCCACCAAGCUAUGCAAGGAGAGACAGCCCAACAUACGAUCCCUAUAAACGCCCAGAAUCGGAGUCUAGCUCUGAGUCACGGUCACGCUCUCGUUCUCCCGGUCCAGAGAAGAUCACCUUCAUCACCAGCUUCGGAGGCAGCGAUGAUGAAGCAGCAGCAGCCGCCGCAGCCGCAGCAGCAGCAGCUGCAGCAGCAGCAACACAAACAGCCGCUCCUCACUCUGGACACGCUCCCUCCAACUUGCAGCACCCUGCAGGUCAUAGCAGGGGCUCCCGGAGACGAAGGUCCUCUUCCAGUCGCUCCCCUUCCUCCUCCUCCCGCUCAUCAUCUCGCUCCUCCUCUCGCUCUUCUUCCCGUUCACGCCGCGCCCGACGUGGACGCGGGGGAAGAGACGGGCGGCGGUCCUGGACCCGGUCACGGUCGAGACGACGUUCCAGAUCUCACUCCCGGGGUCGAGGGACCGGAGGGGCCGCGUCCUGGAGGAGACGUGAGCGGACACGAUCACGGUCCAACGACAGAGACCGAGAGCGGGAGAGGGACCGAGACAGAGACCGGGACAGGAGACGAUACACGGCACGCAGACGGACACGGUCCCGUUCCAGCUCGCGGCAGGGGGGCAGUUCGAGGCGAGGGGGUCGGAGCAGCGGGAGCCACCGGCGGGGAGACAGCGGCAGCCCCAGUCCACCUCAGUCCCCCAGCCGGCCCAACCACAGCCCCUCCCCACACAGAGGAGCCCAGCCCUCAACCAAGACCAUCUGUGACAAGCUAAGAAAGCCUGAUACUCCGGGUGGUAAAGAGACGGGAGCUGCCAAAAGAGUUGGACCAGAAGAUCGACACAACUCUCAUGUCUCCACUCCGAGUAUGAAGCUGCUGGGAACGCCCAAGAUGACCCCACAGGAGCGGUUGAAGCUACGAAUGCAGAAGGCGCUCAACAAGCAGUCCAAGGCGGAUAAAAAAGCGGCUCAGGUGAAGAUCCAGCAGCAGGAACACAAACGACAGGAGCGCGAGGGAGAGCUGCGAGCCAUGGCACGCAAGAUACGUAUGAAGGAGCGCGAGAGACGAGAGAAAGAGAGAGACGAAUGGGAGAGACAGUACGGACGACAGAGCCACUCGCCUUCUCCCUCCAAAUAUGGCCGAGAACACAACUCACACAGAAGGUAUGUGAGAAGCCACAAGAAUCUGCACAGCUCCGAUGAAGCAGAAUGAAUUAUGGGAGUCUUUCACAUUAAUGCACAAACACUGUCUCAAGGCUCAUCACAGCUCGCCGUGUUUACACUCAACAAUCACGCUUCUUUUCUUCACUCGACGACCAAAUCAGUGGUCAAGUGUUAAAGAGAAGUCGCACUAACAGAAAACGUGUUUAAACAUAAAGUCAAAGAAAACACCUGAAACUUUUCACUGCAUUUUGGUUUUCUCUCAGACAAAAACUACUUCAAUGAAUGUAUUAGUUGAUAUAUUUUUUCAAAUUAUUAUUAUUUUUUUGAUUGAUUGAUUGAGAAUUUAUUUGAACACAAAAACGAACAACAAUAAAUACAAGACAACAACACAAAUGAUACAACAACAAGACUCAACACUUAUUUGUAUUCAAAAGGAGUGGGAAGAAGCCAAAGCUUAUUAAAUCCCUUCUCCCUAUGUUAAUUUACUAUAUUCAGUUAUAUAACAACAAUAUUUAUAUAUAUGUAUGUAUAACACAUAGUAAUGUAGUUUAUAAACUCAUUAUUACCAUUAUUAACAUAUAUAACACAUAACUUGUUAUUUCUUGACCAAAAAUAACUUCUGAACUUGCUUUAUAAAGAUAUACUGAUUUUUUUUUUUUUAUGUUUUAUUACAAAAUGUUAUUAAACAAUCAUGUUGACACAGUAUAAUUCCCUUCCAGCUAAAAAACAAACACCACAAUAUUAUGUCAUAGUACUUUUAUACAUAGAUUUGUUUUUUGCUUUUUUUAGUUACACUUAGAUACAAUUAUUUUUGAAUCUAUAUUUGUUUAUCUCAUUUAAACAAAUAACAUAAUCAAAUAUUUUGGAAAGAGUUCCUUCAUUUUUACUUUUUUUAAAAAACACAAUAUGAACUUUAUUAAUUUUACACUUGUGUGUAAAUGAUGUAAUGUGGAAACUAACAUAGUAGUCUAGACGGAAUUGUCCAAAAAUUGAAAGUGAGGAGCAUUUAUGGGUACAAUGGGUA